AUGAGGUCCCUGCAGUGUGCCACCGUCGUGCUCGUCCUCCUCUGGCCGUGGGAGCCCGCGUCGGCAUUGGCCGCCUCCUCUAGCGCCCCCGGUGCCCGGCGGCGCUACGACUCCAUCUUCAGCCUGGGCGACUCCUUCACCGACACCGGCAACAACCCCGCCGUGUUCGCCUGGUACUCCAUCCCCGACCCCGUCACGCGGCCGCCCUACGGCACCACCUUCUUCGGCCGCCCCACCGGCCGCAACUGCGACGGCCGCCUCAUCAUCGACUUCAUCGCCGAAGCCCUCGGGCUGCCGUACGUCCCGCCUUACCUGGGCCCGCCGUUCGGCUCCCCGCCGCCGCCGCCGGCGAGCAGCUUCCGGCGAGGCGCAAGCCUCGCCGUCGGCGGCGCCACCGCGCUGGACGCCGGGUUCUUCCGGUCUCGGGGCCUCCUCCCCGCCCCCAGCAAGUUCCCUCUCAACGCCAGCCUGAGCGUGCAGCUGGAGUGGUUCGAGUCGCUCUUGAAGCCCUCCCUGUGCCGCACGACCCAAGAGUGCGAGGAGUUGUUCGGCAGAUCCCUGUUCUUCGUGGGCGAGUUCGGGGUCAACGACUACCUCUUCUCCUUCGGGAAGAUGAGCCUUCAGGACAUCAGAUCCGUUGUCGUGCCGUCCAUCGUGGAGAUCAUCCGUCAGGCCAUCGAGAGGCUGAUCAAGCAUGGCGCGAAGGCUCUGGUGGUUCCUGGCGUCAUCCCGCUGGGGUGCUCGCCGCCGGUUCUCUUCCUGUUCCCGGAGGCGGACCCGGCCGGGUACGACGCCAGGACCGGCUGCAUGCUGAAGCACAACGAGGUAGGGCGGCACCACAACGCGGCGCUGCAGGAGUCGCUCAAGGACCUCCGCGCCAAGCACCCCGGCGUCAGCAUCAUCUACGCCGAUUUCUUCGGCCCCGUCAUGGACAUGGUCCAGUCGCCUCGCAAGCUCGGGUUCAGAGAAGACGUUCUCUCGGUGUGUUGCGGCGGCCAUGGGAGGUACAACUACAACGUCAGCGUUCCCUGCGGCGACGCGAACGCAACGACGUGCAGCCGCCCGUCUGCCUCCAUCUACUGGGACGGCGUCCAUUUCACGGAGGCAGCUAACCGCCACAUCUCCAGCACCUGGCUGAGCAGCAUAAGUUAG